AUGAGCUCUUCGGAUGAGGCGGCCGUCCCCGCAGCCUGUGACGAUGAGGACACCCCUGUUACCGGUGCCAUGAAUUCCCAGGAUCAGGUGUCUGUUCCGGAAGCUGACUUGGGUCGGGAAGGCAGGGAGCGUUUAGGGGACCCUGUGAGCAGCCCCAGAGUUCCAGAGGCUUCGAGCCUCAUCCAAGGUCCUCCGAAGAUCAGAGAGGGUGGAGGCAGCCUCCCGGGCCCUGAGAGCACUGAGCUGGAGUCUGGCCCUAAGCUGGAAGCAACAGAGGGAAGAGGCAGGGGGUUUAGGGAUCCAGAAUGGCGGACCACUUCCCCCGUGGACCAAGAAGAGGCCGACCUGGAUAUUUUGCCCCAGCUUAGUAUUGAGGCGAUGACUGUAAUGCGAGAGCUGACCAACCUACAGACCCGAAAAGUCUGCAGGUACCCGUCCCCACAAUCUUGUGCCGCUGAGCUGGCUGCCCUCUGGGGAAACACAGAUGAAGGCUCCAACAGAGGGGCACUGUCCCUGAGCACUAUGAGAGGGAAACAGGCCCCUGAAGGUGCAACGCACUCCAGAGGCCUGGGGAGAGGCAGAACCUGGGUGACCCCAAGAAGAGGCACCGUAGGUAGGAUGGUGAGUAGUGAAGGUGUCCAAUAUCCCUCCGCAAACCCUGUGUCCUCUGAUGAGUUCACUGACACUCACAUGAUGAAAGGCACCAUUGGCCUCAAAGAAGGAGACCAGGCCAGGUCCAGUGGCCUCACUGAGCUGGAUAACAUAGCCAGACACACAAAUGUUCAUGGCAGAGGAAAUUUUGUCCAUGUUCCCCCUUCUGUAUUGUCCAGUGCUCCCUGGGGAGUCAGCUCAAGCAUAGAAAGGCAGGCUGCAGGAGAACUGGAAAGCUCUUUGUCUAAGAAAAAGCCAAAUAUAUUCUGGGGCAAAGAAGGGAGCAAACCCAGCCACCAAGGAGCUACUGCAGCUGCUGCCCCUACCUCAGCUUCUGGUACUUCAGGUGCCCUGCACAAGACCAGUCCCAAAAAGAAGCAAGCCCAAGAGAAGACCUCCUCCUCAGAUGCCUCAAGAGGACCUCAGGGGAGAAGCCUCCCACCAUGGGAGCAAAGACUCAAGUCAGCACCUGUGGGGCCAGCCACCCUACCCCCAAUCUCAGGAAUUGCCCUGCUAGGGAAGGCCAGUAAAUGCUCACUGCCUUCAGGGCCUAAAGAGUACAAGCCCUUCUGCACUGGGAAGAAGUCUGUGGCAAAGAGGACAAAGGAGACACAGGCAGGGCCUAAAGACGAUAACUCACCAAGGGAUCCUGGCCUGCCAGCCCAAGUUCCACCACACAGGGCAGAGCAGCCUUCCCUGUGCAUGCAUCGUGUGGAAAUGAGCAGUGGAGACUCCAACCCCAGAGCACCUCAAGUUCCAGGAAACCCGCAGUUCUUGUCCUUGAGCCAGAGAUGUGUCAGACCCAGAGCACCUCCGCCUGCUGGGGAACAGGAUCCACCUGUGGGUGCCAUACUCCCAGAUGAGGAGAGUCCACCAGUACUACAAGGGACUCCAGGUUGUGCACAGUGUCUGAUGUUCCAGAAAGAAAUAGAUGAACUGAAGGAACAACUAGGUAUGGCCUACCCUGGGCAGGAAGGAUACUGGGUCAGGGACGGAGGGGGAGCUUAUUGUUUGGGUGCAGGUGAUUAUGGUAGGUAG